AUGGCGCUAGUGCGCCGGAUACUAGGCGACGCCCAGGCGAAACUCCGCAAAAUGGUCGACGAGCAAGUCUCAGUGGGGGCCAGAGUAGACGCUGACGCGGAGCCAGAACCAGCAGAUCCUCUCAUCACUCCUGCAAGCUCGGCACUCGAUAGGCCCGAAUUAGACCGGCCUAUCCCACCAGAAAGAAGGCUCCUUAUCGGAACUCUAGAUAAACCUAGAAAUGGGGGGCUCGGAAGCCUCAGCGUUGAUAAAGAAGCUACUCUUAACAGAACCACUAGACUUUCAAUUCGAAAUGGGAAAGAUAAUCCUUUUAUAGAUGACGACAAUAAAGAAAACCAAGCAAAUGGUAAAAUGGAAUCGCCAGUAAAAUGGUCAUUACAGAACGGUAGUGACAGCGGUACAUAUGCCGAGAUUGGAAAUGGAGGGAAUAGCAACACUAGUGAAAGGAACAUUCUGGACCCGGCUGACAGCUCCGAAGAGGAGGUGCCAUUACCUGAUGCUACAUCACCCGGAAGAAGCAGCGAUGGUCCGGAACCAAGAGCUGAUAUUACAGCGACACUUGAUGGAGAAGCGGCUUCACCGGGCGGGCGGUCGGACCGAUCACGACAAGAGGAAGUGCCGGCUUCCCCUGGGAUGCUCACCGCGGCUCAAGUAGCCAGAAGGCUUCGGAUGGAAAACGAUCGAUUACAGGGCGAGUUAACUCGAGUACGUCGUCUUUUAGUGGCGGCUGCUGAAAGAGGAGAGGCUGGUACAGCAUUGCUUGACCGGUCAAAGACCGAAGGAGGCUCCGAAUCUACACCUCUUGACCCACAACAACUUGAAAAGGAACUUCUUCUAGCUAGAGAAGCUGUUACCUCUUUGAAAGCAGACAAAAAAAGGUUGAAGGCGGAGAAAUUUGAUCUACUAAACCAAAUGAAACAACUGUACGCCACGCUCGAAGAUAAAGAAAAAGAACUCCGAGACUUUAUAAGAAACUACGAACAGAUGCGAUCCCGGGGUGGCGCUUCAUCAGCUCUCGGAGCUGAGCGAGCUGAACGGGAACGUGAGCGAGCUGCUUUACUGCGUCACGCACGCGACGAAGCGGAGCGCUCGCUACAACUAGCUGCUGCCUUGAGUGCAAGAGACACUCAACUUCGACAUGCAAGGGAACAAUUAUUUGAGGCAAGAAGGCAAUUGCAAGCAGCAGGAUGCUUGUCGGAAGGCGAAAGUGUUGCAUCACUUGGAAUGGGACCGCCCAUGAUGCUCGGAGGACCAUCAGGGUUAAUUGGAGAUAGGGGCAGUUGUAGCGCUGAUUCGGGAGUCAGAGGCAGCAGUGAUGGGGGAGCGACAUCAGUUUGCGGCGGAAACUUGUCUGAUUCCACGGCUGAAGGGGCCCCACCGACCAUCGAUGCUUACGACACAGAUGCUGUUUCCUUAGUGUCAUCUGCUCAUCAUAUCUAUCAAUUGAGCACACCACGGGACUGCAGCCCUACUUUGUCGCCACAUAACAGCGCAUCACCUUUCACACGCUCCAUUGACGCUGGAUCUCUUUCAAGGUCAGUAGAACAGCUGUCAAGUCCAGGUGAGUGCGAAACUGCUCUUCUUGGUGGAGUUCGCGGUCGCGCUGGAGGUCCCGGAGGCAAAGGUUCUCGUGGACGGGGCUCAGCCUGGGGCUCUAUUUCGCGAGUUUUUGCACGCUCUAGACACCGCACUAAGUCUGGCAGUGCGGCUGCUAGUGGACACGAGAGCGAACCAAUCUACUCAGGUAGCGGGGCCAGAGCUUGGUCACCGCUCGGCAGUGAGGCAGCGUUACGCGAAGCAGCUUCUCUACCUCUUGCGAGAUGGCGGGCACCCGCCAUUAUUGCCUGGCUUGAACUGGCGCUAGGCAUGCCCCAGUAUGCUGCUGCAGUUGCUGAUAAUGUCAAGAGUGGCAAGAUCCGUGCUUUGAAUGGGCAGGUUCUGCUCGAGUUGUCAGAUGCGGAUCUGGAGGUGGGGCUAGGCAUCUCGCAGCCGAUGCACCGCAAGAAGCUGAGGCUGGCGAUUGAGGAGCGUAGAAGACCGGACCUCGUGCGAAACCCAACAAUAGGACAACUGACUCAUGCUUGGGUUGCUGCUGAAUGGCUUCCUGAUUUGGGAUUAUCACAGUAUGCUGAAUCCUUCCUUGCAAAUUUGGUGGAUGCUCGGAUGUUGGACACUAUUAGCAAGAAGGAGUUGGAGAAGUACCUGGGCGUGACAAGGAAAUUCCAUCAGGCAUCUAUUGUGCAUGGCAUACAUCUUCUCAGGAUCAUGAAGUAUGAUAGACAGGCUUUGGCCGUGCGGCGGCAUCAGUGCGAGAACGUAGAUGCCGAUCCUCUAGUGUGGACCAAUCAGAGAUUUAUGCGAUGGGCCCACAAUAUUGAUUUAGGUGAAUUUGCAGAAAAUCUCAAAGAUAGUGGAGUUCACGGAGGUCUGGUUGUACUAGAACCGUCAUUCACUGGCGAGACCAUGGCAACAGCACUUGGAAUUCCACCUUCAAAAAGCAUUAUCCGGCGGCAUUUGGUCGCUGAAUUCGAUGCACUCGUCAUACCUGCCAGAAACUUGUUUGGUCACCAAAUCAGGAUGUUGGGUAGACCGUUCUCAAGGUCCGUUGCGACUGGAUUACCGGGGAUCGAUCUUAGCGCAGAUUCCCGAAGGCACAGUUUGAGGGGCUCAAUAACUCGAGCUCUCGGCGUUCUCAAGUCAAAGCACGACCGGACUUCACCAUCCAGUUCGAGUGAGAGCUCAAGUGUGUUGAGUCUGACGCAACCGUACGCGUCAUACUCACCCCCGAUAGCGGUGCGUACGUUGUCGCAGUUGAGUAUGACGUACGCGCCACCACCAACACUGCAGGAAUACGAGCCAAUAUACACACCGCUCAGUCUCUACUCACAGUCCAGCGUAUCGACCAGAGACAGUCUGCAGCGCCUCAACGAUAUUAACGAAAACUCAAGUAUCACUCAUAGGUAUGGAACAAAGGCAGAUCAUGCUCAUCGAGUGAGUUCCCCUCUACCAGCCAAGACCACAGAUGACGUUGUGAAGCAGAAACGGCACCGCCGCGUGAAAAGCAUUGGCGAUAUUAAUGCGUGUACUAAAACUCCCGUUUAG